CCCCGGUGGCGGCGGCGGCGGCGGCAGCGGCUCGGGUGGCACCGGCGGCCCCGAGCCCGGAGCCGCGGCGGCCCCAUGCACCGGCCCCCGCCGCCGAGCCGCUGCCGAGCCCCGCACCAUGCCCGAGCCGCCGGUGGCAGCGCAGGAGGGCGACCGGCCCCGGCGGGCCCCGGCCGGGGAGGAGCGAACGGAACCGGUGGCCCCGACCGGCGUCCUGGAUAAGCUCUUCGGGAAGCGGCUGCUCCAGGCCGGGCGCUACAUCAUGUCCCACAAGGCCUGGAUGAAGACAGUGCCCACCGAGAACUGCGACGUGCUCAUGACCUUCCCGGACACCACCGAUGACCACACGCUGCUCUGGCUUCUCAACCACAUCCGCCUCGGCAUCCCCGAGCUCAUCGUCCAGGUCCGGCACCACAAGCACACCCGUGUGUACGCCUUCUUCGUCACCGCCACCUACGAGAGUUUGCUGCGUGGGGCCGAUGAGAUCGGGCUGCGGAAGCCGGUGAAAGCAGAGUUCGGAGGCGGAAUGAGGAGCUUCUCUUGUGAGGAGGAUUACAUCUACGAGAACAUCGAGAAUGAGCUUUACUUCUUCACCUCUCAGGAACGGCAAAACAUCAUCAGGUACUGGCUGGAGAACCUGCGCGCCAAGCAGGGCGAGUCGCUGCACAACAUCCACUUCCUGGAGGGGCAGCCCAUCAUCCCGGAGCUGGCGGCCCGCGGCGUCAUCCAGCAGGUCUUCCCGUUGCACGAGCAGAGGAUCCUCAAGCGGCUCAUGAAGUCCUGGGUGCAGGCGGUGUGCGAGGCCCAACCGCUCGAUGAGAUCUGUGACUACUUUGGGGUGAAAAUCGCCAUGUACUUCGCUUGGUUGGGCUUCUACACCUCGGCCAUGGUGUACCCUGCUGUGUUUGGGUCCAUCCUCUACACCUUCACUGAGAACGAUCAGACCAGCCAGGACAUCUGCUGCGUGGUCUUCGCCAUCUUCAAUGUCAUCUGGGCCACACUCUUCCUCGAGGAGUGGAAGCGCCGCGGCGCCGAGUUCGCCUACAAAUGGGGGACGUUGGACACCCCGGCCGAGUCCAUCGAGGAGCCGCGGCCACAGUUCAGGGGCAUCAAAAGGAUCAGCCCCGUGACCAGCACGGAGGAGUUUUACUACCCGCCAUGGAAGCGCCUCCUGUUCCAGUGCCUGGUCAGCCUCCCCAUCUGCCUCACCUGCCUCUCCCUCGUCUUCCUCCUCAUGCUGGGCUGCUUCCAGCUCCAGGAGUUCGUGCUGAGCAUCCAGGAGCUGCCCCGCAUCAUCCGAUUCCUCCCCAAGAUCCUCCUGGCCGUCAUCGUCACUGCCUGCGACGAGCUCUACAAGAAGAUCGCGUACUGGCUGAAUGAGAUGGAGAACUAUCGCCUGCAGAGUGCCUACGAGAAGCAUCUCAUCAUCAAAAUCGUCCUGUUUCAGUUUGUAAAUUCAUACCUGAGUCUUUUCUACAUCGGUUUCUACCUCAAAGACAUGGAGCGGCUGAAGGAGGUGAGGAGGGGCCGCGCCCGGGGGCAGCGGCGCCGCCCGGAGCCCCCCCCGGCACCGCCCGGACGGACGUCCUCGACCCGCCCCUGUCACCGUGUCCCCCCCUCCCGAGGGGGGGUGUCCCCGCGUGCCCCCGCCGCGGUCCCUGGCUGCUGCUGCUGCUGCUGUGCAGGGUCCCAGCUCCCGCUCCCGCUCACGAUGCUGGCCACGCUGCUCAUCACGCGGCAGUUCCUGCAGAACGUCAGGGAGGUGUCCCAGCCCCACUUGUACCGGCGCCUGCGCCGGGGGGACCUCAACCUCCACAGCCUCCGCCAGCUCGCCCAGGCCCUGCUCUGCCUGCUCGUCCCCCGCCGCCACCCCCCGGCCCCUUCCGACGGGCCCCGGGGCGAGAAGAAGUGUCUGAACGGCGGCUGCGGGGUGCCGGAGGAGGAGGAGGAGGAGGAAGAACGCCGGGAGUCGGACUCGGAGGAGGAGAGCGCGCUGGACUGCGGGCUCAAGCUGAAGAAGGUGAGCUUCAUCGAGAAGGCGGAGCGGCGCGGCACCGAGCCCGGCGGCGCCGAGGACGAGAGCUUCCUGGAGGAGGGCAGCCCCACCAUGGUGGAGAAGGGCAUGGACCCCGCAUCCGUGUUCGAGCUGUGCGAGGAUGAGGAUGAGGCCGAAGGUGCUCCCGGCAGCCCGGUCAAGGCGAUGGAGCCGGCAGUGGUCCCGCGGGCCGGGCGCAGGAGGAGGGUGGCAGAGAGCCGGGAGGAAGAGGAGGGUGAGGAGGAAGGGCGGAAGCGCAACCGGGCAUCAUGGAUCGACCCGCCGGAGGAGGACUACUCCACGCAGCUGACACAGGCAGAGGUGGAGAGCUGCAUGAAGAAGUACGAGGACACCUUCCAGGACUACCAGGAGAUGUUCAUCCAGUUCGGGUACGUGGUGCUCUUCUCCUCCGCCUUCCCCCUGGCUGCCAUGUGCGCGCUGGUGAACAACAUCAUCGAGAUCCGGAGCGACGCCUUCAAGCUGUGCACGGGGCUCCAGCGCCCCUUCGGCCAACGCGUCGAGAGCAUCGGGCAGUGGCAGAAGGUGAUGGAGGCCAUGGGCGUCUUGGCCAUCGUGGUCAACUGCUACCUGAUCGCCCAGUGCGGGCAGCUCCAGCGCCUCUUCCCCUGGCUCAGCCCCGAGGGAGCCAUCAUCUCCGUGGUGGUGCUGGAGCACUUUGCCCUGUUCCUGAAGUACAUCAUCCAAGUGGCCAUCCCUGAUAUUCCCGCCUGGGUUGCCGAGGAGAUGGCCAAGCUGGAAUACCAGCGCCGCGAGGCCUUCAAGAAGCAUGAGCGCCAGGCACAGCACCACUUCCAGCAGCAGCAGCGGCGCAAGCGGGAGGAGGAGGAGCGGCAGCGACACGCUGAGUACCAGGCCCGCAAGGAGCGUGAAUCCAGCCGGGAUGAGGCCAAGCCUGAGGCCACCGGGCAGGACCCGGCCCACGAGAAGAGCCAGGGCAAAGGGAAAGGCUCCGGGGGCAGCUCACACGGCGGCUCCGACAAGCCCAAGAGACCCAGCUCCCUCCUGGCCACCAACAACGUGAUGAAGCUGAAGCAGAUCAUCCCUUUGCAGGGCAAGUUCCUCUCUGGGGGGGCCGGGGCCGGCAGCACGGCCACCGCCAGGUCCCCCCAGUCCCCUACGGGCAGUGAGAACAAACUCCCCGGCUUCCUCAGCUUCAAGUUCCUGAAGUCCCCCGAGACUAAGCGGGACACGGGGACCGAGAAGGUGCAGUCGCCCACCAAGCCAUUCAAUCCCGGCAAGCUCUUCAACUUCGGCAAGUCCGAAGGGGCCGGGGGCAAUGGUGCCGUGGCCACCGCAUCCCCCCAGCCCCGGCCCGGCCCCUCGGUGGACACGGGUGAGCGGCCAGUCCCCAGCAAGUCCCAUCUCAACGGGGUGCCGGAGGAGGGGAGCCGAGAGGAGCCGGAGAGCCGGGCGGAGGAGGAGAGCGGGGGCUAUAAACUCUAACCGGAGCUCUGGGGGAGCAGGGAUGAGGGGGAAUGCGCACUCCCUUCUCCAGGCAGCCACAGCCAUCGUCACCCUCUCACCUCUCCUCGCCAUCCCCUGACACCAGGAGCUGGCCCCUCGCUCUGCACCGUCGCCCUGCGCCACGUCCCCUCGCAUCCCUCCAGCUCCUCCACUGGGACGCGCCGCAUCCUGCACUAGGGACACCCCAGCAAAGCGCCAUCGGUGCAAGCGGCGUCUGGCUGUGGCUUUGGAUUCAGAGCAUCCGACAGGUUUCCCUCCUGUGCCCCACCAGAGGUGUCCCAGUCCGGCUCUAUGCCGUGAGCCUGGGCCUGAGGAGGCUCACAGGGAGAUGCCGUGGUCCAGCCUGAGGAGACAAGGAGAACUCAGUGCUGCCGGAUCCACCAGGACCAGCUCACCAGGUUCAGCACCAUGCCUCUGAUAGCAGAGGGAUGAGACCGUGGCAGUGAGAGGAGCCCGAUUCACCCGUGCCUACAGCUCCUGCCAUACAGCCAUCGCUCCAUCCCGCUCCUGGCAGCCUCCACGUGGAUUCCUUCCCAGUACCGGGACAUUGUCCUGCCCGAAGCCCGGCCGGGAGGGGGGGGGCAAGCGCCAGCACCCGGAUUCUCAUGCAUGGGCAGCAUUUCUUGCACUAAAACCCAAACAAACCCCAACGCAAGCGACUCUCUGCUCUGCUUCACGGGACGGCAGAGCCCGGCCGGGUGCGGGCAGCAGCCCCAGCCACUGCAACGCGAGCCGGGACCGGCCCUUUCCCGCUCCGCUUUCCCAUUUCCUGGAAUGAUUUCGCAAUAAGGCACUCGCGGAGGUUGUGCCGGAGCCCGGGAGAAGAAGCGGGGCCGGGGGGGGGAAACGCGAGCUCUGGGCAGGGGCAGGGAGGGGGGUGGGAGCAGCUUCGCUUCUGCCGGGGCCGGUUUUGCCGCCACCGGGUCUAGUCUUAGCGCUUGAACAGCCGCGGCUCUGCGCCGUGCUGCUUCGCUUUGGGGAACAGGACCCCAUAGGGGACCCCAUCCAGCCCCCCUCCUGCUCCCAGCCACCACCCAUCUCCAAAGCAACCAGGGGAGAGGCGGGGGGCGCCGGGGGCUGCCCCAUCACUGUGCCUGGUCCAGGCCCGGGCGGCCUCACAGGGUCAGCACAUCCCUCUCUCCCUAAGGCCUGGGCUGUAGAAAACAUCAGGUUGUUGUUCCCCUCCCUUGUUUCUCUCUUCAUGUCAUGUAAUAGUUUUGUUUGUCUUCAAAUCAAGCCAUUUGAUACAGCAAUAAGGGCGAGAGAGGGCAAAGGCUUUAUCCGCUGCUCCUGCGCUGCGGAUGCUCUCCAGGUCCACGGGCUCCAUCUCUCACAAGCGCUGGGGACAGCCCCUGGGAGCGCAGGGGCCACCCUGGCCAUGUCCCAUCCCAGGAGCACAGGAUGCAGGAGAGAUUUCUGGGGCGAGAGCAGGGAAAAGGGAGCACCGGGAAGCUGGGGCACAGUGAGGCCGGUACCACCGCAGCCAUGCCCCGGAGAGUUAAACCACAGCAGAGGGAGGGAGCCCAGCCCGGCUGGGGGCACCAGGUAACCCAAACCCCCCCCCGCCUCGGCUCAGCACCCUGCCUGCAGCACCCUGGGCUCUGCAGAGCCCAAAGCUCAGCCCUCGCCUCCUGGGUCUCCAUGUCACUGAGUUCCUGUGCUCGGGGUCAGCUCAGCUGUGCUCCCCUAAAACACACACCGGGCUUAAAGGGAGUUCCUUUAAUCCCGUUUCCCUCCUGAGAGGAACAGUCCUGGCCCCAUCUCUUCCCAUCCCGCUUGCAGAGGGGAGGGCAGGGCCCUGCUGCCCCCAGGACCCCCCUGCCCAGGGCAUUUUUAACCAUUUCUCUCUAUAAUAAAGUAUUUCUACAAGCAGGCGCCCGUCUGGGAUCUCCCUCUUUGGGGCAGUCGCUGUGCCAAGGAGGGAGGAGUUUGGGUUGGUUUAUUCCUUUCUGUGUUUUACUGCGUGGGGAAUUUAAUGGAAGGGAAGGGGGUUAUUUAUUUCUUUUUAAUUUAUUUUGUCAUAUUUUUGUAAAACCUGCAGAAAUGCAAUAAAAAUCUAUUUCAACA